AUGGUAAACGUGAAAGUGUGCUUUGUUGGAUCCUCGGGAGUAGGAAAAACAUGCCUGAUUAAUAGAACUGUGAAUAAUAGUUAUCUUGACACUCCUAGCUCCACAGUCGGAGCGUCUUAUAUGAAAAAAGAAGUUGAAGUGGAUGGCAAGCAAAUCACACUUGAUUUAUGGGAUACUGCUGGCCAAGAACGUUAUAGGGCACUGGCACCAUCGUUUUUCCGUGGUUCAAGUGUUAUUGUAAUUGUUUAUUCAAUCAUAGAUGCUACUUCUUUUGAUGAUCUUAGAGAUUGGUAUGAAAAUAUUCAAACAAACUGCAAUCCAAUUCCCAGAAUCAUUGUCGUUGGCAGUAAAGCAGACCUUCAUGAAACCCGCUUAGUUCCAUCACAACAAGCCGAAAAUUUCGCCAAAUCAAUUAAUGUCGAUUACUUCGAAGUUUCUGCUUUAAGUGGUGCUGGAAUCGAAGAAUUAAUGCUCAGCAUUGCUACUCAAUUAGACACAUCUAAAUCAGAACCCGAAACGCCAUCUAAAAUUGUCGUUGAAGAGAAACCAAAGAAAAAGAAGAGGUUUGGUUGCUUUUAA